AUGAACGUUCUACCGGAGAAGUUCGAGGCUAAUUUCGACAUUCGAAUUACGCCCACGGUGGAUUUCGACGAAUUUGAGAAAAUGAUCGCCUCGUGGUGUAGGAAUGCUGGAGAAGGUGUUACCUACGAGUGCCUACAGAAGAACACAAACAGAAAUAUGACCCCAACCACAGCAGACGAUCCAUGGUGGAAUGCCUUCGAAAAGUCGCUAUCGGACCAUCAGUGCAAAUUCUCGAAGGAGAUUUUCAGCGCAGCAACAGACUCGAGAUUUAUUAGAGAGCUUGGCUAUCGAUCGAUCGGUUUCUCGCCGAUGAUAAACACUCCGCAACUAUUGCACGAUCAUAACGAGUACCUCAACGAACGUGUCUUUCUUCGUGGAGUCGAAAUUUAUGAGACGUUGAUUGACAACUUGGCAAAUGUCCAAGAAUAG